AUGACUUCUGUACCCCAGAAAUUCUGGCUGGCUAGGACAUUCGUCUCAUGGGAUCUGGAAGAUUGCCCAGUCCCUUGUAAUCUCACUGCUUGGUCGGUCUAUUGUAAUAUCGUAAAAGCUAUCGGUGACAUGGGUUACAUUGGUUACUUGUAUCUAUCUGCUUAUUCUCUUAAGGACGGACAAGAGUUUGAACAAGAGUUAGAACAAGGGCUUGGUAUUAAGCUUGAUUCCACCCGCAUCAAGAUUUUUCGACCAGAAAGUAGUAGUGCAAAACGUGACAAAAUAGUUGAGGACAUUCUUGAGUGGAAGGCAAGACAUCUCAAUGAAGCAACAAAUAUCUUGGUAAUCUCAAGAGAUGUCAUCUUUCACUACAAUCAAUACGUCCGCGCUCUUCAACUUGCAAAAGCGUCCGAUAACAAUAUUCUCUUGGCACUUACUAUUGAACCAUCAAUAUCGUGGUCUAGCCUAUCAUCGUUACUUGGUGUUUCAAGAUCAGUUUGGGAUUGGUCUAAGCUAUCAAUUAGUGGAGAGAAACCUCUAAUUUUGGAAACCGGAAGCUCGGAAGUCUUUUAUACUCCAUAUCCUAACCCGGAACUAUGUCUUAACUGUGAGAAGCCGAUUCACAAAGGAGCACAAACCAGCAUUCCUCAGUGCCUGGCUAAGACAUCGGUCUUUUGGAAUCUGGAAGAUUGCCCAGUCCCUUGUAAUCUCACUCCUGCGUUGAUCUAUGAUAAUAUCAAACUAGCUCUCAGUAAUAUGGGUUACACUGGUGAGAUCUCUGUCUCUGCUUAUUCCCUUAAGAAGUCUUCUUAUUCGCCUAAGAAGGAACUGGACAAGGAACAUAAGUUUAAAUACGCCGGAAUCAAGCUUUUGCAAGCAGAAAGACCUCGUAUGGACAUGAUUAAUGACGUUUUUCGGUGGGGAGCAAAGCAUUAUCGUGAACCAACAAAUUUGAUGGUCAUCUCAAAAGACAUCCCGGAAGAAGACGUUCUAUACGGUCGGAUUCUUCAACGUGCAAGAGAUGAGUGGAAAAACAAUAUUCUCUUGGCAUUUCCACAAGUCCCAACUGGAUCGGGGUGUGUUGCAAGUUCUGUUUGGCUUUGGUCUAGCCUAGCAACUGGUGGGAGCCCGCACAAUGGACAACAGUCUCUUUCUACUCCGCAGAAACCUCGUCGUGGAAGAAAAGGCUCCUCCUCACAGAAGCGUGGUAGCGCGGAAGGUUUGAGAUCAUCUACUCAAACUCCUCACAGAAGCUUAAGCUUAUCUCUGGAUGGGAAAAUAGACUAUGGGAAAUUUGUGGCAAUGAUGAGGAAAGGAAAUGGCAAUGGAGGAGAUUGGUCGGAGAACAACGAGGAACACUCUCCUCUUCCUCACGAGUCAAUUAAUCACUAA